AGCCCGGCCCAGCGGGUUGGCGGAGCGGUGGCGGCUGGCGGAGGCUGCAGCCGAGGCAGCAGAGGGCGCUCAAGGGCAGGGCAGCCGAAGGCGGCGCGGGGUGGAAAGGGGGGUUCGGGGAUGGGGAAAGACCCAACCGCCCGCUCUCGGCUCAUCUCCCUGAUGGCGGAGGCCCCGCGCUCUAUGGCUGCUCCCAAUGGCUUGUCUGGCCUGCGGUUCCGGCUGCCUCGCUGGCCUGGGAGGACCAGAUACUCGCGCCGGCUCUGUGGCGGGAGGGGCAGCGAGCCUAUCUCCUCGGAGUCAAGAGGCGGCGACCGCACACGUGGGCACAGCCCUGCCCGGAGCAGCCUGAGCUCCCAUGCCACCGGCGGCGUCCAACCACCCCGCAGCUCAUUGACAUGGGCACAGGCCGAGUGCCCUCAGCGCCUGACUGGCUCCCAGGUGUGUGGCACGACGCCUCUCUGAGGUAGCCCCGCCCCGUGGACACGCCCCACCGGUUAGACGCAUCUCUCAGAGCCGCAGCCGCGCGCCUGCCUUAGGGCAGCCAGUUGCUGAUAGGCACGGGGAGCCGCUGAGCCUCCGGAAGGCACCUGCCCUGGCUGCAGGGGGCUGGCAUGGCGGGUGCAUAGCCCCGUGUGCAGGCAGGGCCCCUGGGCUGGGCGUUUGGGUGCAGUGGCAUCAUAUAUUGCUGUUGCUCAAGUCUGCCUUCCAUUAGCAAUUGCCUCCUCUCUCGGCCACCUGGUGACUUUGAACAGUGAAAACCGAUUUGUGUAUGGUGCUUCAGAUGGGCUAACUGCCCAACGCUGAGGAAAAUUAUGAGUGAAAUUGGUAAAAAAAAAUCAUAUAGCAAAUUUGAUGAAAAUUGGGAGUAGGUUAAGUAGGGGUCCUUGGGGUGCUGGAACAGUUUUUAUGGGGGGGGGAUGCUGAUGGAAACAAUGUAUUUGGUGUUUGUUAUGACUACUUCAAGCCAGGGGGUGCGGUAGCACCCUUAGUUCCAGCACCACUGAGAUGGUCAAAAAGCCACAAUUCCAAAUCAGGCCAACUUUGGUUAAAAGCCCAUAGUGGUUAAAAAGCAAUGUGAGGGUGUAAUCCCCACACCUCCUGGGUGUGUGUUCUGUCCCAUCUAGUGGCACUGAGACCACUUAGAGAGAGAGAGAUGCUCCAGAGACCCCGGGUUUGAUUCUGCCCCUCCCCAACAACUGGGGUCUGUCAGCACUACAAGUGGGGGUGUGGUUAGGCGGUGUGGUGCCCCACCACCCUGCAGAGGGAAGAACCUCCCCAGACAUCAAAGUGGGCGGAGCCAGUGGAUCCUGCGCCCGCCCCCCGGUGGUCAAGGCGCAGGACAGGAAGUAGAAAAGCCCAACCCUGGAGCUCAGUUGGGCGACAGCAGGAGAGGCCAGACGCCUGUGGCCUGGCUCCGGCUUGGGAGACCCCAGCAAGCCGCGGCCAACCCGGACCGGCCAAUGCCUGAUGCUGACCGACACCCAGAGGAGCUACCGAGCCUACCCCUUGCCAGCUACCCAGAGGAGCCCAUGGUGCUGGAACCCUCCGAGGAUGCCACCCUGACCCAGGGUCAAAGUUAAUGAUCCCAUGGCAACUGAUGUUUCUAAUAGUCCAAGUCUGUGACUUCACCCAGACAUCAUUCAGUUCUGGCAAGCGGAGUGAACUUAGGAUGUCAGCCAAGACUUUCUGGGGGAUUCUUGCUCUGCUCCGAAUUUUCUGGUGCCUUCUUCCUCAGACAGGUUACCUUCAUCCUGAUGAAUUCUUCCAAUCACCUGAGGUCAUGGCAGGAGAUAUUUUAGACCUACAAGUCUAUUAUCCCUGGGAAUUCCUUUCCAGUUCUCCUUGUAGAACCGUUGUGUUCCCAUUAAUUACAUCUGGCUUUACCUACUGGAUGAUCAAGUCUUUGCAACAGCUGGGCAUGUGGCCAAAUGGCAUCAACAGCUACACCCUUCUUGUGUCACCUCGUCUUCUCCUCACCACCUUUUCUUUCAUACUAGACUAUAGCGUGUAUCGGCUAGCUCCUUUCUGGGGUGCAGAUCAGUGGAAUGCCCUGGUUCUGCUUGCUGGGUCCUAUGUCACACUAGUAUUUUACACAAGAACAUUUACCAACACACUUGAAGGACUUCUGUUUGCCCUGCUGAUGGUACUAGUAUCUCCAAAAGCAGUUGGUUAUGGAACAGCACCUAAGUCAGACAUCAGCCAGGUGAAACCUACCAGUAGCAGUCUCAUAGGGAUUAUAACAGUUGCUGGGUUUUUCAACAGGCCAACUUUUCUGGCAUUUGCUUUAAUGCCACUGCUUUACUGGACAGUUUUAAAUGCCACUUCUCAGCACAGCAUUAAAACUAUUGCAAACCACCUCUUGAAGCUUGUUUCAAGCACAGCUUUCACUGCCAUCAUCUUCACAGCAGCUGACACAUUAUAUUUUACCUCCAUUGGAUCAGAGAUUAGCCUAUACAGCAUUAAAAAGAAUGGCCUGUUAAGCACCAUAGCUCAAAUAAAUCAGAAAGUAAUAGUGACCCCUUUUAAUUUUCUCCGCUAUAACCUUAAUCCCCAUAAUCUUGCACAGCAUGGGAUUCAUCCACGAUUUACUCAUUUUGUAGUCAAUGGGAUAAUGCUCUUUGGGAUCCUACACAUUCUGGCCAUCAGUGUUGGUUUAGAAAUGCUGAAAAUAAACAUCCAUCAAUUAUCAUGGAUCAGACUACAUAAUCAUAGGCCACCUACAAUGUUGGUGCUUGCCAAGGGCAAUCCAACAUUAUUAUCAUUCUAUUUUGUUCCUUUGGCAUUCCUUUCCCUGUUCAGCCACCAAGAACCUCGAUUCCUCAUUCCUCUUAUUUUACCACUAGUUCUAUUGAUCACACAGCAGAAUAGAACCCUGAAGUGGAAACCCAUCAUUAUUAUUUUCAAUGUUCUUGGUGCCCUUUUAUUUGGGUGCUUACACCAGGGAGGGCUGAUCCCAUGCCUGUCUCAUUUAGAACAGCUCAUACAUUCUCCAGAAUCCCUGAACCAUCCAACACACUAUACUCUACUCUUUGCUCAUACCUAUAUGCCUCCCAGGUUUCUGCUCAGUAUCAAUAAGAGAGACCCACUAGUAGAAAUAAUUGAUAUGGCUGGAACUGAAGAAAACACCCUCUGCCAAAUGCUGGGACAAUUAGCAAACAACAUUGCUUGUGGGACUAGAGAGACUGAUAAAGAAAGAACUUGUAAUUUUUUUGUUAUAACCCCCGGUACAGUCAGAACAACAAUACAAAAAUGUGGGGUUUUGUUCAAGAAUGAGACAUUAAUAUUUCCACACUUGACAAUGGAAGAUCCACCACAAAUAUCCUUUCUAUUCAGUGAAAAAUGGAGAAGUCAGUUAGGACUAUACAUCCUUCAGAUAGACAGAAAUGAUCAGAGCUUUUAGUUAUUUUAGUUAUUAGUUUUAGUUAUGUUUCACUUUUUAAUUUUAUUUAGUUCUGGUGAAAGUUGCUGGAUCAACAGUUCUGGAGAUUGACACUCUCUCACUUUAUUCACAGACACAAGUACAGCACAAACAGUGGGAGUGCAAACUUCCCCAUAUUGUCCCCCCACUAUUACCUUCACCGGUGUUCCUCAGCCCUGUUCUGGAUGGAUGCUAUCUAAGUGUGAGCUCGUUCGAUCUCCAGCAUCGUUUUAACAUUGUUUGCUGCUGAGAGAGGAGAAAAUCAGAGAAAAAAAGCUGAAGUUCUCUCCACAAAACUUUCCAGAUAGUUUUGGAUCAGUUCUUCUCGUGUCAGGUGUAUUGUUUUGUUUUUUUGAUUUUUUUUAUUGUGUCUCUUUUGGAUUAUACUUUAUUUAUAUGUAUUAAUGCUGCAGCUAAGCAUUCAGGGUCUCCUCCUAGUAGUUACAGCAGGCUCCAGUCAUGAUAUACAAUUCAUCUUUACAAGCACCUCAGUUACAGGAUGGUGCAUGAUCAGAUAUAUCCUCUCAAGGGACUGUAUCAUGUCCUUGAAAAGGGAGUGGGAUUAGUUUCAUUGUCUAGUAAUGUCUAAUGUUUUAUCACUAGCAAGUCAGAUCCUAGGAAUGGAAGACCCAGGUUCAAUCCCAAAACUAGCCACUGCUUAGUCUUAAUGUUCAUUUAGCUUUUCUUGCUACAAGGCUAUUUAUUUGUGGAAACAGUAUAUUUUAAAUUGCCUUUCUAUUUGGAGUGGAUCUGAACCUGGAUUCACAGAUCCCUGAACUACAGUGGGGAAUUGCAGAAGUUGAACCAAGAUCUGGAUAGAAAUUUCACUGGUGACCCCUUUGGAUAUAGGAGUUUGGUUCUGGCCAUUAUGGACAAACACUUCCAGACUUUGGGGAAAUAUUAAUCCUGAUCCAAACCUUAUAUGUCAAGCCUGUCUCUUUCAGAUGAACCUGCCAAUGAUAAAUGGGACCUGUUCAAAUGCCGGUCAUACUACACGAUGGGCAUGGUACAUAAAGUUGCAAGUCUUAAAUGCCAAUUUUACAAGCAGACCAAAUAAUAGACUAUGAAGUUAGUUUAUGGGGCCAAGUUAUAAAGGGAAAUCAAGACCAAGUCCCAGUAUGAAGAAUUUAUCGUUUGCCAAAUUUCACAGAAAUUUCACAGAAGACUAUGUCCAGACUUGGCAUUCUGAUCAAUGUAAAUAGUUUUUGUUCUCGGCAAAGCACUUUAUGCUAGGGGGAAAAGUUGUUUUUCCUAAUUGUGGAAAUGCAUGUAGGUUAUGUGUGUUUGUUUGCUUUGCUGUUUUAUGUAACAUUAGAAGAAGUUAUGAAAACACCUUGAUACUAUACCAAAUGUAUUUUUCAGGUUAAUUAUCUUGUUUUCUAUGCUGCUACAUAUUUCUGGAAAGAAUCUUGUUCCAUACAUUUUGUAUCAUGGGGCGGGGAGUGUUGUACUGACUUUUCUGAACCAUGUUUAAUAUUUCAGACCUUCCUUGGUGUUCAUAGCAGAAUUUAGUGAAGUCUCUUCAUAAAGAAUUGUACUUCUUUUCUAUAUCUUGGAGUGUAUAUAACCUCCAUCACUGUAAUAACUGAAAGCCUUAUAACUCUCACUGAUGUAGUGAACUAUUAUUCUCUAUGGUACACUGAGAUCAUGUGGCUUUUCUAUGGUCACAGAGGCAGUCUGUGGCAGAUCCAAGAACAGAACCUGGCUCUCCUGAGUGCUAGUCCAUCUCCUUAAUUUCAAACCCAUCUUUCCUCCAAUUCUCCAUUCUUUGCAUACCUAAAAUGCCUACUGACAUCAAGUGGAGUUUUUAGGUGUGCAAAGGAUGCACUACGAGCCUCUAUGUGUGUCAGAUUUAAUCUUAUCAUUUCAAUAGCAUUCUUCAUCUCAAGCAUACAAAAUGAUACACAAAUUAUGUGUAUACACAGGAAAUUCAGCUGCUACUGUAAUGGACCAUGAUUACUCUUCAGCACACAGCAACAUUACACAAAUUAAAAACAGGCAGUGAGAAAUACCAUAUCCAACUGAAACUGCCUGGGGGGAAAUGAGGUUAAUAUACCUCUGUAUUAUGAUGUAUUGCCCAUUAAGAUAGUAACCAUUUUAUAUAAUUCUUUCAAAUAGCACAUUCUGAGAGCUAUUUUAAUACUGAAGUUUCUUUCUGCCCCCACCACACCAAUUGUAAAGUUCUUUGAGAUCUUCAGAUGAAAGGGGCACUAUAAAUGCAAAGUAUUACUAUUGUACAUAAGAUGCCUGCUGUGACAGGUAUUGCAAUUUACUACAAUAUCUUUGAGAGAUCUUGCUGUUUUAAGUAUAUUGUGACGGGGCAAGGCCAGAUGACUAUAGUAAAGUAGUGAGGAACAGGUAUGUUGGCCCCAGGCUAAACAAAUCCCUGGUACCAUGGGACACCUGAAGCCAAUCAAGGGCUAGCUGGAACUAGUUAAAAGCCUCCCAGUUAGUCAGUGAAGCGUGCGUGACAGAAGCUGUAGGAGGGAAGCUGUGCUGUUGGAGGAACUAAGCAGUACAAAUCCAUAUCAGGCGCAGGGAAGGAAGCCCUGAGGUAACGGUGAAGGAGAUAUUGAGUGGGGGCUGCUGUGGGGAAGUGGCCCAGGGAAUUUUACACAUCCUAUUUCCAAAAAGUCAGUUACCAUAGCUUCUACUAUUAGGGUCCCUGGGCUGGAGCCCAGAGUAGAGGGCUCCCCCCUCCCUUCCUUGAUUAAUCACUGAGACUGGGAGACAACAGAGACACUGCGAGGAGGGGUUGCUUCUCCUCACCGCCCUUGCUGGCUUAUGAUGAAAAUGGCUUAGUAAGCUGUGACCCUUGCCUCUAGAGAGAGAGAAGGGCUUCCUGGAGGGUCACAGUGAGCCCCUGAGGCUAGCCAAAUCUGCCAGGAAAUGUGGGACCCACGGAGACAAGGACAGCGCUUUGUCACAAUAUGUAACAUUGUGGGCAAGGCACUGUAUGUAAUUCCAUGGGGGUGGGCGAACACAGCUUCUCCAGGAACUAAGAACAGUGGGGGUGAUUUGGAAAAUUUACUCAGGUUGUAACCUCUCCAGAGUUACCACCACUAGGAGAGGCUCCUACAUACUGUUUCAAGCUGGAUUCUCUAGAGACCAACAGACAAAGAGUGGACUUUUAGAUAAAUAGCCUGAAUUUAAACUGACUCAGGGCCUUCUUUCUGAUCCAACAAACUGACAGGACCCUCUGUCCCAGAGGAUCCCGAAUCCUUCCUGGGAGGGUUGGAAGAUCUUUGGUAUACUUAGGCUCUAUAAGACUGAUGGAGGACAUUUGCUAAGCUUUUAGCAUGCAUAUAGGACCUUUUAUUGUUUUUAAUAUGUUUUCUCUGUAAUGCUUUCAACUUAUGAAUAAAUGUGCUUGCUUGUAAAGGGCUGCAUGGUAAUGCAUAACUACUGGCAAUUACAGCUGUUCAUAGCUUUCAAAGAGAAAGCAAAGCGCAGACACUGGCCUAUUUAGGCAGUCUGGCUUGCUGAGAAUAUCACAGUGUAUGCAGGGGAACUGUGCAACCUGGAAAAAACCCUGGUCAGGAGGGAGAAAAAUACAGCUCUCUGCCCAAGAGAGGUGAUAGCUCAGGAGUCACAAGCUUAGAUUGGGUGCCACAGAAGGGAGGUACAGGUACAGUUGCCCUGAAUGGUGACACAUGCUUCUUCAGAAAAUAAAGCAGGAACUGCUCAAUUAAGUUCAAUGUAGGAUAACUGAGAGGAAAAUUCUGCCCUAUUUAUGUUCUUAUACUGUGAACUGGACAUGGCACAGCAUAACCUGCUCAGUCUUGUGCCUGAAGGUUAUGAUUGUGGGGAAAGUACAGUUGCAUUCUGCCAAUAAAUUGCAUAUCUUAUUUUAUGCUUUCAUGCAUAUUGUGGGGAUAAUUAUGAAAAUAAAAGAAUUAAAGUUAGCUUAAGUCUGGUUAAGCAAAUAAUAUAUUUGCUUUAUGUUUGUGGCUAGUAAGGAAAAGGCCCCAGUCAGCAAGUAAAAGAAGGCCAUGAGAAUAAUAAGUAGUAUUACUUAUUGCCUGUAGUGUGGGAAGGAUGUUUGGUUCAAAAAGUAACCAAUAAAAUAAAGAGCUACAGUAACAAACAAACGAAAACGGUCUUAAAAGAAACAAGCAUGAACCUUCCCACCGUUCUGCUGAUAAGCAAGGAAUGGGGAGGAGAUAAGAAGGGAAGCCCUUGGAGGAAGGAAAAUAGCAAGGAUAUACUGCUUCAAAUGGGAUUUUUGCUCAAGAUAGAAAAUUAGCUGAAGGAUAUAAAGAGAGCCAUGAAUCUGAAGGUUGUGAGACACUGUCUGAUCAUGCUGGAGCACACUAGGAUUAGAGGGUUUUUACUUAGGUCUGGUCUGUCUGUAAGUAAGUAUACUGAUCAGAUGCUUACAACUACUUUGUUACUGUACUGGGAUGUAGUGACUGCUUAUUUUUAGGUUGUUAGGCAUGUUUAGAGCAAUUGUAUAAAAUACCAUUUGGCCUUUGGACUUAAUAAAGGAAUUAUGGUUAAAUUAA